CUUUCUCGACUCACAGUUGGGUCAGAUGGAUGAAUGCGUAACAGAACAAUGAUUUUCAUUCUGCGGGAGAAAACCUGCUGAUUUCUGUCAUUCACUCUGGAGUCACGGCAUCUUUUUGUUCUUUGUUUUUGUUUAGUUUUUAACUUAUUUUUUGUAAGCUGUUAUUUAAGUCCAAACUCUGAAUCAGUUGGAUAAACUGGUUUAAACUUAAAUUGACGGAUUUUUUUUCCCCUCGGUGAAGCCUUUCCUUGUUUAAUCACCUGAGGUGGGAUCAGUGUGUGAAGUGUGUGUGAAGCUGAGUGAUUAACACGAGCUCAGCUGGACUUCACUUUCUCACUCGCUGCCAACGCCUCUCUGUCUGUCAGCGGGUCUCUGCUUCUUCGCGGGGAAUCUCCAGGUCGGCUCGAGCCCAGGACGAGUUCCAUUCAAACUCAUGAUCUGCUGAGAAACUGACAAACCCAGGACAGAAAGAAAGGAGCCGCGGAAGAGCAAACAUGGGCUGCACCAGCAGUGCCGAGGACAAGGCUGCAGUGGAGAGGAGUAAAAUGAUAGACAAGAACCUGAGGGAGGACAGAGAGAAAAACUCCAGAGAUGUCAAACUGCUCCUGCUGGGAGCUGGUGAGUCUGGGAAAAGCACAAUAGUAAAGCAGAUGAAAAUCAUUCAUGAAGACGGCUACACAGAGGAGGAGUGUAAACAGUACAGCGUGGUGGUCUACAGUAACACCAUCCAGUCCAUCCUGGCCAUCAUCAGGGCUAUGGGUCGCUUAAAGAUAGAUUUUGGAGACGUGGCUCGGGCGGAGGAUUGUCGCCAACUGUUUUCCCUGGUGAGCUCAGCAGAGGAAGGAGUGAUGUCAGCAGAGCUGAGCGCCGUGAUUCGUCGGCUGUGGAAGGACAGCGGUGUUCAGGCCUGCUUUCAUCGCUCACGAGAGUAUCAGCUCAACGAUUCUGCUGGAUACUACCUUAAUGACUUGGACAGAAUCUGCCAGGUGAACUAUGUCCCCACUCAGCAGGAUGUGCUGCGUACACGCGUGAAGACGACCGGGAUUGUGGAAACUCACUUCACCUUUAAGGAUCUUUACUUCAAGAUGUUUGAUGUUGGUGGUCAGCGCUCCGAAAGGAAGAAAUGGAUCCAUUGUUUCGAGGGAGUCACUGCCAUCAUUUUUUGUGUAGCUCUCAGCGACUAUGACCUGGUGCUGGCUGAAGAUGAAGAAAUGAACCGUAUGCAUGAGAGUAUGAAGCUUUUUGACUCCAUCUGCAACAACAAGUGGUUCACCCGCACCGCCAUCAUCCUCUUCCUCAACAAGAAGGACUUGUUUGAGGAGAAGAUCAGGCGGAGUCCACUCACUAUCUGCUACCCCGAGUACACCGGUGGAGUCUUGUACGAAGAGGCAGCCGCUUACAUCCAGUGCCAAUUUGAAGACCUAAACAAACGCAAAGACACAAAGGAAAUCUACACACACUUUACCUGUGCCACAGACACCAAGAAUGUGCAGUUUGUCUUUGACGCUGUGACCGACGUCAUCAUAAAGAUCAACCUGAGAGAGAUCGGGCUCUACUGACGGAUCAGGCCAGACACCUCCCCUUUAUCCUCAACAUCGGCGUUGUUGGACGUAUCAGGACUUUUGGACUGGCAUGUCUUGUUUAGAGAGGGCGCUACAGAGAAAGUAAAAGGAGUUCAUUAAAAUCAAUGCUAAGUUUUGUUUAAUUAUUACGGUGUUUGGUGUUUGAUAGGUUUGUCUUACAUGUCAUUUGCUUUUAGACUCAGAUAUUCUGGUAAAUUCUCGUAUAUAGAGCUGAUCACGGAUCGUCCAACAAACACACAUCAUUAAAAACUCUUUGAUAGUAGCCUACUAGUCUAGGUGCGCUUGAAUCUAGCAGUAAGUGUUUUAGUAGCACUAGAACAUUGAGAACAUGGAACACCGAUGUGGCCCCUCAGUGACCCGAGUAAAAUGACGUUUGAAGGGUAUCAUUUUAAUGAUAUUUAUUUGAUAAAUAUCUAAAAGAAUCAUUUCACUCCUUCAUUUUUUUCUUCUUUUUCUCUAAGAUGCUUCACUUGUGCUUUCUAACUAAAUAUUCUAGCUAAUAUUUGUCAUAUCAUAGCUUUAGCAUGUUUGACUGUUGCAUCUAUUGUAAAACAAACGAGUCUUGUUUGAGUAGUUUUUUAUUGAACACAUUUCACCAUUACUUCCAUGCUUAAUUACUGCUAAUCUGUUUUUGAUAUGUGAAGAAUUUAGUUUUUUUGCUUUUUUUACCGUAUGUGUAAGAAAAUAUUUGUAAAUAAUAUUCAUCUUUUAAUGUAAUCGUAAAUCAUGUGAAAAUCAACAAAGAAAAUACAUGGUUCAACUGCUUUGUGGUUCUAUCGGAGACUGAAAUCUACUGUUGGUAAUGUUGUGCUGAAAAACGUUUUUCCUUUAUUUGUGGAAUCAUUUCCCCUCUGAUGUAGUACAGUAUGAAUGACAUCACUGUAGGUUUCUAGAAUUGUAAUCUUACAUCAUUAAACGACGUCACAAAGUC